AUGCCAAAAACAGUGAAAAGUAUGGGAAGCCGAACACAUCAAAAGUGGGACGAAACCGUGCCACCCGAUUACGCCGCCCUGGGUGGACUAAAUAUCUGCGCGGCCCAAUGGACAGAGCAGCGCGACAGUCCGGAUAGCGCAGAGAUGAGCUGCCGAAAGCCGGACGUUCUCGUUAGUCAGCGAUCGCCCGGCUCAGUCACUGCCGAUCAUCAUGAUCCGGUUCCUGGUGUGUUUCCUCUGCUUUCUUCUGACUGCCUCCGGGAAGUCCAUACAGCAUACUGUGUGUUGCAUUGCACUGUGCCUGUGUACAAUGAUGAUGUACACAAUCAGAGCUGGACAUUUGUAGAUAUUUGGAAACUUCUGGAUUUUUUUUUACUAUGUUUUGUUUUUGAAGUGGAUGAGGAGAACCCAGAGUUCUGGAGAUCUCAGGCUCAGGCUACGCUGAACUCGGCUCUCAGGAGGAAACUCAACACUAAUGUGGCCAAAAACAUUGUUCUGUUCCUUGGAGAUGGAAUGGGCAUCACCACAAUCACAGCCGCUCGUAUUCUGAAAGGACAGCUGGAGCAACGUCCAGGAGAAGAGACCAUCAUGACCAUGGACACGUUCCCUUAUGUUGGCCUUGCUAAGGUAUACACAGUAGAUUUUCAGAUCCCAGACAGUGGAGCAACAGGGACAGCAUAUCUCUGUGGAGUGAAGACAAAUCUGAAUAUUGUAGGUUUAAGUGCCGCUGCACGGAACGGUGUGUGUCGCUCACAAACAGGAAAUGAGGUCACAUCCAUCCUUAAAUGGGCUAAAGAUGCAGGAAAGUCAGUUGGCAUAGUAACAACAACCCGAGUACAACAUGCCACUCCAGCAGCUUCUUACGCCCACAGUUCCAGCAGGAAGUGGUACAGUGAUGCAGACAUGCCCGCUGCAGCCAAGAGAGACGGCUGCACUGACAUCGCCUCCCAGCUCAUCUCCAACACUGACAUCGAUGUGAUUAUUGGUGGUGGCCGUAAGUACAUGACCCCAAAAGACACAGUGGACCCUGAGUACCCCACUGACCUGAAAUCUGCUGGCAUGAGAGAGGACAAACGCAACCUCGUAAACGAAUGGAUCAACAUGAAAGAGGGAAAGGUGGUUCGCUACGUGUGGAAUAAGACAGAGUUUGAUGCGGUGGACGCCAAGACCACAGACUACCUGAUGGCCCUGUUUGAACCUGGUGAUCUGAGGUUCGAGGUGGAGAGAGACCCACUCAUGGAUCCCUCCAUUAUUGAAAUGACUGAGAAAGCCAUCCGCAUCCUACAGAAGAACCCAAGAGGAUUCUUUCUGCUAGUGGAGGGUGGACGUAUCGAUCAGGGACACCAUGCUAGUCGUGCCUCCAUGGCACUGCAUGAAACUGUGGCCCUUGACAACGCUGUUGCCCGGGCACUGGAGUUGACCAAUGAGGAAGAGACACUGACUGUUGUCACUGCUGACCACUCCCACUCGCUCUCCUUUAAUGGCUAUCCCUUCAGAGGCAAUAGCAUUCUGGGUAAAUCUCCUGUUUAUGGGACCGACAUGCUCCCGUAUACCACUCUGAUGUACGGAAAUGGCCCUGGAUACAAAAUCAUCAACAACAAACGACCAGACAUCCGUAAAGUGGACACCAAGAGUAAGGACUAUGUCCAGCUGGCGGCAGUUCCUCUCGACUCGGAGACUCAUGGAGGUGAGGACGUGGCAGUCUUGGCUAGAGGACCCAUGGCUCAUCUGUUCCAGGGCAUUAAUGAGCAGAACUACAUUGCUCACGCCAUGGCCUAUGCAGCCUGUGUGGGAACCAAUCAGAACCACUGCUACACUGUACAAAGCUCCGCCCUGAACAUGCAUUGAUUUAAUCACUGUGUAAUCACCUCAAUUCUUCGUUCUGAUCUAUU